AUGGAAAAUAAAAGAAAUGUGACUGAAUUUAUUUUAAUAGGUCUUACACAGAACCCCACAAUGCAGAAUAUAGUAUUUCUGGGAUUUUUGAUUCUGUACAUGGUAACACUCUCAGGCAACCUGCUCAUUGUGGUUACCAUUACCACCAGCCAGGCUCUGAACUCCCCCGUGUACUUCUUUCUGACUCAUCUUUCCGUGAUAGACACAAUUUAUUCUUCUUCUUCAGCUCCUAAGCUGAUUGUGGACUCCCUUCAUGAAAAGAAAGUUAUCUCCUUUAGUGGGUGUAUGGCUCAAGUCUAUGCAGAACACAUUUUUGGUGCUACGGAGAUCAUCCUGCUGACAGUGAUGGCCUAUGAUCGCUAUGUGGCCAUCUGCAAACCUCUUCACUAUACUACUGUCAUGAACCAUAGGUUGUGCAUUCUCCUGCUGGGCGUGGCCUGGACUGGAGGAUUUCUCCAUGCAACCAUUCAGAUCCUCUUCACAGUCUGGCUGCCCUUCUGUGGCCCUAAUGUCAUAGAUCAUUUCAUGUGUGAUUUGUACCCUUUGUUGAAACUUGUUUGCAUGGACACUCAUACCCUUGGUCUCUUUGUUGCUGUCAACAGUGGUUUCAUCUGCCUUUUAAACUUCCUCCUAUUGGUGGUGUCCUAUGUGGUCAUCCUGUACUCCCUAAAGAGCUAUAGCUUGGAGGGGAGGCGCAAAGCCCUUUCCACCUGUGUCUCUCACAUUACAGUGGUUGUCUUGUUCUUUGUGCCCUGCAUAUUUGUGUAUCUGCGUCCAGUGACCACUCUGCCCAUUGAUAAAGCUGUUGCUGUCUUUUACACUAUGGUGGUCCCAAUGUUAAAUCCCUUAAUCUACACCCUCAGAAAUGCUGAGGUAAAAAAUGCUAUGAGGAAGCUCUGGAGAAAAAAAGUGACUUCAGAUAAUGAAUAA